AUACCCUCAAGAUCUCCAGAUUCCUCAUGGCCAGCCUGUCUCAACAUCUCUCGCCUCUUCUCUAGCCUUCACUCACUCUCUCUCUCAUCCCUGUUCGCGAUUUCUAUGGCGUCCAUCAUUGAAUCUGGUUGGCUGUAUCUGGUUACACAUUUCAGUGACUUUCAACUGGCAAGUCUUGGAAGUUUCUUUAUUCAUGAAAGUGUCUUUUUCUUAUCUGGACUUCCUUUUAUAUUCCUUGAAAGGGCAGGAUGGCUGGGCAAGUACAAGAUUCAGAGAAAAAUGAAUAGCUCUGCAGCUCAAGAAAGAUGUAUUAUGCGCCUCAUUUUGUAUCAUUUUGGUGUCAAUCUACCGGUUAUGAUAUUUUCCUACCCCCUCUUCAGAUAUAUGGGCAUGCAAAGUAGUCUCCCAUUGCCGUCCUGGAAAGUUGUUUUAAUGCAAAUAAUAUUCUACUUCAUCCUUGAGGAUUUUGUUUUCUAUUGGGGACAUAGAGUUUUACAUACAAAAUGGUUGUACAAGCAUGUGCACUCUGUUCAUCACGAAUAUGCAACACCAUUUGGACUGACUUCUGAGUAUGCUCACCCUGCUGAGAUAUUGUUCCUUGGCUUUGCUACUAUUGUUGGCCCUGCCAUCACUGGGCCUCAUCUGAUGACUCUGUGGUUAUGGAUGGUAUUAAGAGUCUUGGAGACUGUUGAGGCACACUGUGGUUACCAUUUCCCAUGGAGCCUCUCAAAUUUCUUGCCUUUGUACGGGGGUGCUGAUUUUCAUGACUACCAUCACCGUUUGCUUUAUACCAAGUCUGGCAACUAUUCAUCCACAUUUGUUUACAUGGACUGGAUAUUCGGCACUGAUAAGGGUUACAGAAGAUUGAAGGCAUUGAAGAGUAAUGAAGUUGAAGUUGAAGCUGGAAGCAAGCAAAUCUGACUACAGAAAAAAAAGGAAUUAUUCUUUUACUACCUUGACAUCAGCGGAUGGGUUCCUAUUUUGAAGGCAUCUUGUAAAAGGUCUUGUCCUAGCUUCCCUCCAUCUUGUGUGGUUUUGUCUUGUCAGUGUAAAAGUGUUCAAUUGCUGUUGUUGUUUAGAGUUUGGUAAUGUGGAAUUAUUGGGACAUUUUGUGCCUUCUACCCCCUGCAUGAAUAAAUAUGUUGUUUUUUUUUCCUUCCUUAUUGAUCGAUCCUUUUCUUC